AUGGACAAAUCCACUCAAGUCCUGCUCUUUGGAGAUCAGACUAGCCCAUUCGCAGCUUCCCUUAAGCGUCUCCUCUCGAUCAAGCACAACGGCCUCCUGAUUACUUUCUUUGAGAGAGUCUAUUACGCCCUGAGAGUCGAAAUCAACCGCCUUCCCAUCGCCUUUCAGGACGAGUUUCCUCGGUUUACUUCUCUGCUCGAUCUCUUGGCUCGUUGCAGCGAGUCAAAAACCAGGAACCCGGCCCUCGAGAGCGCCUUCCACACCCUCAAUCAACUCGCUUGCUUCAUCAGCCACUAUGGCCAGAGCACGCUCAAGUAUCCUUCCCCCGCCGAGAGCCACAUUGUUGGUGUUUGCACUGGUCUUCUUUCUUCUGCCGCCAUCAGCACUUCUCAGACAUGGGCUGAACUCUUCCCAGCGGCCAUUGAAGCUGUGCUGAUCGCCUUCCGCACUGGACUGAGGACUACCCAGGUUCGAAACGAUAUCGAGAAACCCACUGCGGGCUCCCAAUCUUGGUCUAUGAUCGUUCCCCUGCCUGCCCAGCGCGUUUCGAUGGCUCUGGAUGCAUUCGAGGAGGAUCAAGGUAUCCCCCAUGCAUCCCGACCGUAUAUCAGCUACAUCACUCCGAACAACGUCACAAUUAGCGGCCCUCCGUCCGUCCUCGAGACUCUCGUCAAGACAUCACCUUUUUCUGAGUCCAAAGGUGCCAAGGUCUCUGUGUUCGCUCCGUAUCACACUUCCCACCUCUACUCAGAGGCUGAUAUCGACGCGAUAAUGGCUACCACCUCUCAGGAGAUCGUAAAUUCCUACACACCUAAAAUCCCCGUCUUCUCCGAUGUUACUGGCCAGUUGAUCACCGCUUCCACGUAUGGAGAGCUUCUGCGGAUUUGUCUUCGUGAGAUUUUGAUGGAGCCUAUCCGUUGGGAUAAACUGCUUGAGGGUACCCCCGCUUCCUUGAAGGAGGCCGGCGUCUCUCAAGCCACUAUCAUCCCAUUUAUCGCCAACGGUUCGCAGCAUUUAGCAGCUGCCCUUUCCCAGGCAGGCUUUGCUAGUGUCAAAAUCGACGAUCAGAAUACCAACAUCAACGCUUCUCCACAUGCCCGCCCACAGCAAUCCAAGAUUGCUAUUGUUGGAUACUCUGGUCGCUUCCCGGACUCUGCUAACACCGAGAAGUUCUGGGAAAUUCUUCACCAAGGACGUGAUGUACACCGCGAGAUUCCCAAGGACCGAUUCGACGUAGAUGCUCACUUUGACCCCACAGGCAAGAAGAAGAACACAUCUCGUAUCCGGCACGGUUGCUUCAUUGAAGAGCCUGGCCUUUUCGAUGCCCGCUUCUUCAAUAUGUCACCCCGAGAAGCCGCAAACGCCGAUCCCGGCCAGCGUCUUGCCAUUACCACUGCUUAUGAGGCGUUCGAACUCGCAGGUUUCGUUCCAAACCGAACCGCGUCUUCUCAGCGCGACCGCGUUGGCAUCUUUUACGGCAUGACCAGUGACGAUUGGCGUGAGGUGAACAGCGGGCAAAAUGUCGACACCUAUUUCAUCCCUGGUGGCAACCGGGCCUUUACGCCUGGACGUAUCAACUACCACUUUAAGUUCAGCGGUCCUUCAUUCAGUGUUGAUACUGCCUGCUCCUCUAGCUUUGCUGCUAUUCACACUGCCUGCAACUCGCUCUGGAAGGGAGACUGCGACACUGCCAUCGCCGGCGGCACAAACGUCAUGACUAAUCCAGAUAACUUUGCCGGCUUGGAUCGUGGACACUUCCUCUCUACCACUGGCAACUGCAACACAUUUGAUGAUGGAGCGAACGGGUAUUGCCGAGCUGAUGCUGUUGGCACUAUCAUCAUGAAGAGAUUGGAAGACGCCGAGGCUGACUGCGAUCCUAUCUACGGCGUCAUCCUUGGGGCAUACACGAAUCACAGCGCUGAGGCUGAGAGUAUGACUAGACCUCACGUAGGCGCGCAGGCGGCGAUCUUCGGGCACAUGUUGAACGCGGCUAACGUCAACCCCCUUGAUGUCAGCUACAUCGAAAUGCACGGCACUGGAACUCAGGCUGGUGACGCUGUGGAGAUGGGGUCAGUCCUUCAGGUGUUCGCACCGACCGAGGGAGGUCGUCCUACCCAGUCACUCCACCUUGGCUCAGCUAAGGCAAAUAUUGGACAUGCUGAAUCGGCCUCUGGUGUUGCCUCGCUCAUAAAAGUCCUCAUGAUGAUGAAGAAGAACGAAAUACCACCCCAUUGCGGAAUCAAGACUAAGAUCAACCACAGCUUCCCUGAUCUGGGAGCUCGCAAUGUUCACAUUGCACGCAAGCCGACGGAGUGGAAGCGACCUGACGGAGGAAAGCGUACGGUCUUCAUGAACAAUUUCAGUGCAGCUGGAGGCAACACUGCACUUCUCAUGGAGGACGCUCCUAUCGCCUACAGGACUGAAAGCAAAGACCCUCGAUCCACGCACAUGGUUGCCGUCUCCGGACGAUCCAUCCUCUCCUUGAAGAGGAACCUCGAGUCCUUCGCAAAAUUCCUCGAACAGAAUCAGGACAUAGCCCUCCCUGCUCUCUCUUACACUACCACUGCGCGUCGUAUGCACCACAACCACCGCAUCGUGGCCACUGGUGCAAACAUUGAGACUGUCAUCAAGAAGUUGAAGGAUGCCAGCCAGAGGCAAGACCUCAAGCCUGUCCCAGCCAGAACCCCUGGGGUGGCCUUCGCCUUUACUGGCCAAGGAGUCCUUCAAUCGGGAAUGGGCAAGCAGCUCUUCGAGAACUUCACCCAAUACCGCAAUGAUAUCCAGCGAUUCGACCGCAUUGGCCAAAGCCACGGCUUCCCUAGCAUCCAGCCUCUGAUUGACGGGUCCAUCAACGAUGUUGACAACCUCAGCCCGGUAGUUGCUAUGCUCGGAACUACAUGCAUGCAGAUGGCCCUCACUCGCCUUUGGGCUUCCUUUGGCGUUAUUCCUAGUGCGGUCAUCGGCCACAGCCUUGGAGAAUAUGCGGCCCUCAAUGCUGCAGGUGUCUUGUCUGCGAGCGACACAAUCUACCUGACCGGUAAGCGAGCUCAGCUUCUCAUCGCGCGUUGCUCCAUUGGCACCCACGCUAUGCUGGCAGUUCAAACUUCCCUGGCUCAGGUUGGCACUCAUCUUGUUGGCAAGCCCUGUGAAGUUGCUUGCAUCAACGGCCCCAACGCUCUGGUACUCAGCGGUGCAAAUGAAUCCAUCGACGCACUUGCCGAGGAGCUUACCGCGGCCAAAUUCAAGUCAACGAAGCUCAAGGUUCCAUAUGCUUUCCACUCUGCACAAGUUGAGACAAUCUUGUCCGACUUCGAGGCGGUUGCUGAGAAGAUCCGAUUCGCUACUCCUGCCGUCCCCUUCAUAUCCCCACUGCUGGGAGAGGUCAUCGAAGGUGAGGGCAUCCUCAACCACCUCUAUCUCAGCCGUGCCUGCCGCGAGACCGUCGACUUCGUGUCUGGCCUGAACGCAGCCCUCGAUAGCAAGACCAUCACCGAGAAGACUCUUUGGGUCGAGCUUGGAUCUCACCCUAUCUGUUCGGGCAUGAUCAAAGCUGUUGUUGGCAGUGACACUGUUGCUCUUCCGUCCCUCCAAAAGAACAAAGACUCCUUCGAGGUACUUGCCGGCAGUCUGUCUUCUUUGCACCUUGCUGGCAUCGAUGUCAACUGGAACGAGUACCACCGCGACUUCAAAAGCUCUCACCGUGUUCUCGAGCUUCCAUCCUACAACUGGGACGCUAAGACCUACUGGAUCCAGUACAACAACAACUUCUGCCUUACCAAGGGCGAUGCGCCCGCUCCAGUUACUGCUGCUCUUCCUGCCCCACCUGUCCAGUCCAAACUGUCUACAUCCUCGGUUCAAAAGAUGAUUGAGGAGAAGCUUGAAGCGACCAGGCCUUCCAUUCUUAUGGAGUCGGAUGUUCAGGAGCCGACUCUGGUCGCCGCUAUUCAGGGCCAUGCGGUCAACGGCACUCCUCUCUGCCCGUCCUCGCUUUACGCAGAUAUUGCUCUCACGCUUGGUGACUACCUCAUCAACAACAGCAAGACUAAGCCGUCUGCUACUGGAAUGGACGUCGCCGAGAUGGUAGUCAAGAAUCCGCUCAUCGCUACAGGGCAGAAGCAACUCUUCCGUUCUUCGGCUAUCGCCGACUGGUCUGCCAAGGAGAUUACUGUACAUAUUUACAGCGUCAACGAGCAAGGCAAGAUGACCACUGACCAUGCUAACUGCAAGGUUAAGCUGGGUGAUGUCGAUGCUUGGAUGGCUGAUUGGAGACGCAACUCCUACCUGAUCAGGUCUCGCAUUGAUGCCUUGCACAGUGGUGUCGACGAUGGCGCUACCAAUCUGAUCAAGCGCGGCAUGGCCUACAAGCUCUUCGGCGCCAUCGUGAACUACGAGCAGCAGUACAAGGGCAUGGAGGAGGUUGUCAUGAACAGCGAUGAUCUAGAGACGUCUACUCGCGUCAAGUUCCAGAAGGACCCAACUAGUGGCAAGUACUACCUCGCUCCCUACUGGAUUGACAGUCUCGGCCAGGUCACCGGCUUCACCAUGAACGCAAAUGACAACACCGAUUCCAAGACUCAAGUCUUUGUCAACCAUGGCUGGGAUUCGAUGCGGGUCGCAACCAAGCUUUCUUCCGAGAAGACUUACCAAACAUAUGUUAAGAUGCAGAACAUCGGAGGGACGAUGCAUGCUGGUGAUGUCUACAUCUUCGACGGUGAGACGAUUGUUGCCGUCUAUGGAGGUGUCAAAUUUCAAGGUGUGCCGCGACGAAUUCUCGAUCACCUCCUUCCAGGUGCUGGCAAGGCUGCACCAAAGGCUACAGCACCUAUUGCCAAGUCAGUUCCGGUCCCUGCUGCUGCUGUCUCUGCCAAACUCCAGGCAAAGCCUGCCAAGACUCUGGCUCCUCCUCCUCUUCCUGUUGCAUCGAAACCAUCUGGACCUAGUAUUGCUGAUAAGGCCCUCGAUAUCAUCUGUGAAGAAGUUGGUGUCUCGCGAUCUGACCUGAUUCCAGCCGCCGCAUUUGCUGACUUUGGCGUUGAUUCUCUCCUUUCGCUGAAUAUCUCUGGCCGUCUUCGCGAGGAGCUUGAGCUUGACGUCGAAAGCGGGCUAUUCAACGACUGCCCCACCGUCAAGGACUUCCUCGCUUUCCUCCCUAAGGGAAGCGACGCCCAAGAUGUUGUGGUUGUCUCCGAAGUCAGCUCCUCAUACGCCUCCACCCCCGCGAGUGAGUCCGAGGUCGGCGAUAGCCAAAGCACGAACGGUAGCUCCAUCCAAGGCGACGAUAACGGAGUCAUUGACGCUAUUCGCCGCAUUCUCGCCGAGGAAAUCGGUGUCAAAGAGGCCGAGAUUACUGGCACCCUGGACCUUAGUGAGCUCGGGAUGGACUCUCUGUUGUCUCUCAAUGUUCUUGGCAGACUUCGAGAGGAGCUUACUCUGGACCUGCCUUCAGAUCUGUUCGCUGCCAACAGCUGCCUCGACGCGGUCGAGGCCGCUCUAGGCAUCAAGUCUACACCGGCCCCUGCAGCACCAGUCGACAUUUCACCGCCUGAGACAGCUUCGGUCAUCGUCAAGGAGCUCUCCAUCCCUCUGAAGCCGGCCUCGACGCUUCCAAGAGCCUCUUCAAUCCUCCUCCAGGGUUCUCCUAAAUCUGCUACCAAGCAGCUCUUCCUUUUCCCUGACGGCUCCGGCUCUUCCACCUCGUACGCUCCCCUCCCCCGCAUUGCCGCCGACGUCGCAGUCUACGGCUUGAACUGCCCAUACAUGAAGACCCCCCAGGACAUGAAGUGCGGACUUGCUGACCUGACGGCUCCCUACCUCGAUGAGAUCCGCCGCCGUCAGCCUCAUGGACCGUACUUUUUGGGUGGCUGGAGCGCAGGCGGCAUCUGCGCCUACGAUGCCGCCCAGACCCUCGUCUGCGCUGGCGAGAAGGUCGAACGUUUGAUUCUGCUCGAUACUCCGAACCCGAUCGGCCUUGAGAAGCUCCCGACCCGCCUCUACGACUUCUUCAACAGCAUCAACCUGUUCGGCCAAGGCGGCGCACCGCCACCAUCCUGGCUUCUUCCUCAUUUCCUUGCCUUCAUCGACGCUCUUGACACAUACAAGGCGAGACCCUUCCAGGGCCAGGCGCCGCAGGUGCACAUCAUCUGGGCUGAAGAUGGGGUGUGCAAGGACGGAAGCAUCCCACCACCAGAGGAGAGGGCUGAUGACCCUCGGGAGAUGAAAUGGCUGUUGAACAACAGGGUGGAUCUUGGACCUAACGGAUGGGACACACUUGUUGGCCGCCAGCAGGUGAAGAUCACGAGCAUGAAGGAUGCAAACCACUUCACGAUGAUGGAGGGUGUGAAGGCCAAGGAGCUGAGCCAGUUCAUAGCAGGCGCCAUGGCAUGAUUACCUUUUCCUUUUCCAUUUCCACUUUCUUUCCGAGGGAUAGAUGGAUGGGUUUCUCUCUUGCAUUCUCUUCAUGUAUAUGGUCACGAUUUUCCUUGUCUUCUCUUCUCCUCUGUUCUGCUUGCGCUCGGCACCAUUUGGGAAGAUGGUGUCGUCCGGGCGAAGUAGUUCUUUCCUUACUUUUUUCCCUCUUUACACGACAUCCUCUCUUGUCCUAUCUCACCCAUCCAUCAUGAUCUCUCAUAUUUCCUUUCUUUCUCAAAUGUCGGCGUUGGACUUGGAAUGAUGCAGCUCCUAGUGUUUAGUUUCGCAGUGGGUUGUCUUGCUUUCAAGUUUGUGGAUUUACUUGGGAGCUAGACUUAGACUGGUAGAUUGGGAGGCAUUUUCCUGGAAUGAUGUAUGUAGAAUCGGAGUAGACAAAUUGGAAGCUUACUUCAG